AUGAACACAGCAACGCGGCUGCUGCUGGCGGCGUUAGUGGCGGCUGGGGUAGUGUCGGUGGCGGCCCGCAGGUGUGUGGCGGUGCCGGCCGCUGGCGCCGUGUUUGCUGACCCUAUCUGCGGCGGCGUGCUCAUCGCCUCCAACGUGCUGCUCACCUCAGCCAGCUGCACCGUGCCCGGCUGGGGCAUCCCCAAGCAGGCCACCCUGUUCCCGUGGCUGCGCAUCGGCGUGUAUCCGCGGUACGGCGGCGAGUACGAGAUCCGCUUUGUUACCGCCACACUGAUCCACUCGGCCUGGGACCGUCGGGCGAACCCGGCGCUCAACGACAUUGCGCUGAUGCGGCUGGGCGGCGGCAAGAUCCCCAGCGUGCCCUCCCUCAUGACCCCCAUCCGCCUGCCCGGACAGAAGCGCAAGUUUGCUGCCGGCACACAGAUGGAGGUGCUGGGCUGGGGCAACUGGGGCCGCCCCAAUGUCCCCAAGUGGCUGCAGUCGGCGGAGGUGCCGCUGCAGUCGCCUGAGGUGUGCGCCCGCGAGUUCCCCGGCUACGGCAAGGUGUGGGCCACAGGCAAGAACAUGUGCGCCGGCACCAAGGGCAAGCCGCAGGGCAUCUGCAGCGGCGACUACGGCGGCCCGCUCUUCAUCCCCGGCAAGAACGUCAAGCACGACCUGCUCGUCGGCAUCGGCGCGUACCGGGCCGGAGGCUGCGGCCGCGGCGGCCUGAGCGGCUUCACCAGCGUGGCCAAGUACCGGAGCUGGAUCGACCUGGGCGUGGACAUCCUCAAGGGCAAGGCCAAUGCCACCAGCUUGUACCGCUCUUUCUACCUGAUCCCCGAGCCGGAGCCCCUCCUGUAG